GAUCGCCUCCAUUCGUGUGAUACGAAGCCGUGCCCAAUGCGGUAGUGUCAAGAUUUCAGGAGCUGUGAUUGGACAGACCGACUGUCAAUCAUAAACUGUGCUUUCCUGCUGGGAAUUGUAGUUUUUUUCUGUCGAACGUUAGCGAACAAUUCCCCCCGAGACUUUUUUUUUUUUUUACUGUAAUUGAUCAGAAUAAUUUAUGCUUACAAACAUUGUUACUUGAUUUUGAUUAAAACGAUCAAUGUGUGUUGGCUACAUAUUCUUAACCCAGCUUCAGUAUCAUUGAGGUAUAAUGAAUUACAACCGUGAUUAUUUUAAAUUUGAGUUCAUAUUUUCGUUCGCUUGAAGACCCCCAAGAACUCACUUUCCCAACAACCCUUGCGAGCUUUUUACGUCGUUGUGCGUCAACUCCCCAGUCCCCCCCACCAUCACCGUUCUACAGAGGAAGAAAGGGGGAGACGGGCAACCUAUACAGAACGCUUUCACACAAAGAUGAGCGGCAGCGGGCGGCCCAGGACCAGCUCCUUCGCUGAGCCUCCCGGAGCUACCGGGUCCGCUGCAGCCGGUGCCGGAUCAGCAGUAGCCGGCGGAAGCUCGACAGGAAAGACUGGGGCUUCACAAGCUAGUGGAAGCAGCUCGACGAGCUUUGGGAAUCUGAAACUUCCCAGAGACAGUGGCAAGGUGACGACGGUGGUAGCGACACCCGGGCAGGGCCCCGACCGCCCACAGGAAGUGUCCUAUACAGACAUAAAGGUUAUAGGAAAUGGCUCCUUCGGGGUGGUCUACCAGGCUCGCCUCAUCGACAGCCAGGAGAUGGUGGCCAUUAAGAAAGUUCUCCAAGACAAGAGGUUUAAGAAUAGGGAGCUGCAAAUUAUGAGGAAAUUGGACCACUGUAACAUUGUGAGGCUACGCUACUUCUUCUACUCCAGUGGCGAGAAGAAAGAUGAGGUGUAUUUGAAUCUGGUGCUGGACUACGUCCCAGAGACAGUGUACAGGGUGGCUCGGCAUUUCAACAAAGCCAAGACCACCAUCCCCAUCAUCUAUGUUAAGGUGUACAUGUAUCAGCUGUUCCGCAGUCUGGCUUAUAUCCAUUCCCAGGGCGUGUGUCACAGAGACAUCAAGCCCCAGAACCUCCUGGUGGACCCAGAGACGGCCAUCCUCAAACUCUGUGACUUUGGCAGUGCGAAGCAGUUAGUGCGGGGGGAGCCGAAUGUGUCCUAUAUCUGCUCACGGUACUACCGCGCCCCAGAGCUCAUCUUUGGUGCCACAGACUACACAUCCAACAUCGACAUCUGGUCGGCCGGCUGCGUGCUGGCUGAGCUGCUGCUGGGCCAGCCCAUCUUCCCCGGGGACAGUGGUGUGGACCAGCUAGUAGAGAUCAUCAAGGUUCUGGGGACACCAACAAGGGAGCAGAUCCGAGAGAUGAACCCUAACUACACAGAGUUCAAGUUCCCUCAGAUCAAAGCACACCCUUGGACAAAGGUGUUUAAGCCUCGCACCCCACCAGAGGCCAUCGCCCUCUGCUCUCGACUGCUGGAAUACACGCCGGUGACCAGGCUGUCUCCUCUGGAGGCGUGUGCGCACCCCUUCUUCGAAGAGCUGCGUCAGCCCAACACCCGCCUGCCCAGCGGACGGGAACUGCCGCUCCUCUUCAACUUCAGUCCCGUCGAGCUGUCUAUUCAGCCCCAGUUGAACUCCAACCUCAUUCCUCCUCACGCUCGUGCACAGACAUCGCCGGCCUCACAUGAGGGCAGUGUGUCGGACAGUACCGCCCAGCCCAGCUCAGCACCCGGAUCCAUCAACAACAGCACCUGAGCAUCCAUCCCUCUGUCAUCCUUUCUUUUUUGUCUUCCCCCAUUUUUCCUUUUCUCUCCUCUGCUCUUCUCCCUCUCAACCUCCCCUCUGGCUCCAAACCCUUUAAAAUAGAAAAAGAAAUGAAUAUACACACCCACGUAAACACUCAGCAUUGCUAUUCUCCCUGGAUUUUAACCAUUUCCAAUAGAAAACACUUUCUUUGGCUGCCGGCUUCAGGAAGGUGUGGGGGUUGUUUUUAAGGAUAUUUAGGGAGCCAUGCUUGGGCUUAAUAUAAGCUGCAGUUGUAAGUCCACGCUGGCCCUUGUCUGGCCUGUUAGAAUAAGGAAACUUUACAUUGUUUGGGAGACGAGGAGGGGGUUUGUCCAUGUUAUAUGGAUUUUCUGUAUUAUAAUAUACAGUCGACUUUUAUCCCUUUUUAUGUUCAUUUUAUUUGCAUUGGCGUAUUUUAUGUGGGGCCGUGGUGCCGUUGAAUGGGAUCCUGAUUGACUGUGGGGUUGAGAAUAAGGGGCCGUAUGUAAGGCCCGCCUAAUAUUGACAAUCAUCCUUAGUGGGGUCAUAAAUGCCACUCUUGUAGUGUACAUGUUUGAUCGUACAACCCACUGUAGAAUGUAGAAAUAGUGGCUCUUCUGUCACUUUCUACCCUGAACUCUACUCGAGUAUUGUCAGUUCACCCGGCCAAAGGGGGAACAAAUGUGAAGGAUUACUUUUAAAUCUCCCAAUUUGUCACCAGAUGGAUUUUUGGCUCAUUUUAGAUAAGAGUUGGUUUUAAAUUGUAUUAGUAAGUGAGGGCACCACAGCCUUGUCUUUACAGUUUCUAUUUUUUUGAAUAUUAGCUCCUCAACUGCCUUUUUAUGGGAAUGAGAAGGAGCAGAGUGCACAUUUUUUUCAGUUUCCUCAGUAUAAGCUCAUGUUUUCAUUGGUUAAGCUGGAAACCAAGCGAUUCAUGUUAAUUCUCAAAUGAGUAUUGCACAUCUCCAAAG